AAGAUUGUAGACUGAUGGAGUCCAACAUGACUGACGGGAUAAUUGUCCAACUUGUCAACUUGAUCCUGCAGAUCUAAAACCAGCGGAAUCCAUAUCAACAUUUGGUACUCCUCGAGACAUCUUUCCCAUUCGGAGUCAUGAAAACAAUCCACCACAGGUCAUUCCUUCUACCAUCACUGUUCACCCUCUUCUUCUCCCUUUCCAUUGCAGGUGACACCCUAAAUCCAAACCAGCCUCUUGCUGACAAUGAAACCCUAAUUUCCUCCGGCGGGAGAUUCGCGCUAGGCUUCUUCAGCCCUUCCAACUCAAGGAACCGGUACAUCGGCAUAUGGUACGACGAAAUCCCCAUCCAGACGAUAGUUUGGGUGGCCAACCGCGAGAAUCCCAUCACAGAAUCGACGGGAGGAAGCCUAUCGAUCGCCACCAACGGCAGCCUCAUCAUUUCCACCGAGAACUCCACCGUCGUCUGGUCCACAGCCGCGACGGGCUUAAGCAAUCCCGUUGCACAACUCUUGGACGAUGCGAACUUCGUAGUGAAAGAAGAGAGCAGCACCGACUCCAAUAGCUUCGCAUGGCAAAGCUUCGACCACCCCACCGACACGCUGCUGCCCGGCAUGAAGCUCGGGGUGGACCUAACAAGCGGCCUGAACCGCAACCUGACGGCGUGGAAGAGCAGCAGCGAUCCAUCCCCCGGCGAGUACUGCAACGCCAUGGAUAUAGAUGGCGAUCCCGAGUUAUUCCUCUGGGAUGGGACGCGGAAACUGUGGAGGACUGGGCCGUGGAAUGGGCAGCACUUCAGCGGCAUCCCGGGCACCACCACCUACCAAGGCUUCAUCUUCAGCUUCGUGAACAACAAGGAGGAGGUGACCUACUCCUAUGAUAUAGUGAACCAGUCCCUUGUAUCAAGGCUGGUGGUUAACGAGUCCGGCGUGCUACAACGGUCGGUGUGGCUCGCCGGAAAUGGCGGGUGGAACAUCUUCUGGUUUGCACCCAUGGACCAGUGCGACCCACUGUCGACAUGCGGGCCUUACGGGGCCUGCGACCCGAACAACUCGCCGAUAUGCGAGUGCCUGCAGGGGUUCACGCCGAAGUCGCCGGCGAAUUGGGAGCUUCGGGAUGGGUCCGAUGGGUGCGUGAGGAAGACCAAGCUGGACUGCAAGAAUGGAACGGAUGGGUUCGUGACGGUGAGCCGCGUAAAGCUGCCGGACACAUCAAAUUGCAGUGUGGACAUGAGCAUGAACCUUGAUGAAUGCAAGGCUAUGUGCUUGAAGAAUUGCUCUUGCACCGCUUAUGCUGGUGCUAUCAUCGGUGGGGGUGGCAGUGGGUGCAUAAUGUGGUUGUCGGAGCUUACCGAUAUACGUUUGUACACAGAUUCUGGACAAGAUCUCUACGUCCGGCUGGCAGCGGCUGAUAUAGCAGCCGCCCAAUCUCACGGGAGUGGACAUGCACCGAUAGCAAUCAUUGUCGUCCUUGUUUUAGUGGUGCUCCUACUUGUUUGUGUGGGCUUUUUCUUGUGGCGAAGGAAGAAAAGGAGACGGGUUAUGUUAGGUGCGACUUCCUUGAGUGACCAAAACAUUAGUGAAGAACAUUUCGAAGGAGAUGACUUAGAGCUGCCUUUAUUUGAGCUGGGCAACGUCGCGGCUGCCACAGACAACUUCUCCAUUCUCAACAAGCUUGGAGAGGGCGGGUUUGGCCCUGUUUAUAAGGGUAAACUCGGAGAUGGACAAGAAAUUGCAGUGAAAAGACUAGCUAAAACUUCAGUACAAGGCCUUGAUGAAUUCAAAAACGAGGUUGUGCUAAUUGCCAAACUUCAACACAGGAAUCUUGUGCGGCUUGUGGGUUGCUGCAUUCAAGGAGAGGAAAGAAUGUUGAUAUAUGAGUAUAUGGUCAACAAAAGUUUGGACGCCUUCUUAUUUGAUAAAGAAAAAAGCGCAUUGCUGAAUUGGCAAACCCGCUAUCAUAUCAUUGUAGGGAUUGCCCGAGGACUUGUUUAUCUUCACCAAGACUCCAGAUUCAGAAUUAUUCAUAGAGAUCUUAAAGCUAGCAAUGUUCUUCUCGAUAAAGAGAUGAAUCCAAAAAUCUCAGACUUCGGUAUGGCACGAAUUUUUGGAGGAGAUGAGACAGAAGUCAACACCAGAAGAGUAGUUGGCACAUAUGGAUACAUGUCACCUGAGUAUGCAAUGGAUGGCGUUUUCUCGGUGAAAUCUGAUGUGUUUAGCUUCGGUGUUUUAGUUCUGGAGAUCAUUAGUGGAAAGAAAAAUAGAGGAGUUUACGCCCACUCUUCCCACCUAAAUCUUCUUGCACAUGCCUGGAGUUUAUGGAAUGAGGAGAAGAGCUUGCAGCUAGUUGAUGAAUCACUGGGAUACUCCUUUCCCGCAAAUGAGGUAAUAAAAUGUAUAAAAGUGGGUCUUCUAUGCGUCCAAGAACGCCCGGAAGAUCGACCAUUAAUGUCGUCAGUAGUAUUGAUGUUGGGUAGUGACAGCGCGGCAAUACCAAAUCCUAGACAACCUGGUUUUGGUACGAGAAGAAUUCCCCUUGAAGUAGAGUCCUCUUCAAGCAAGCAAGAUUCAUGUACAUUGAAUAGUAUGUCCGUUACAAUGUUACAAGGCCGAUAGUUUGAUAGCUUAUACGUUGAUUUUUGUAGAAAAUAGGAAAAAUGAAGCUUGCUAAUUAACUCAGGGAAUCUUUCUGGUCUAAGCAUGUUGAGGAUUUGGAUUGUAUUGAUUUUGGUGGAAGAGAUUGUUGUAUGUGUAUAUAUAUUUUUUUUUCUCUUGUUUUUUUUCCACAUUAAAGCCUAAGAAAUACCAUAUUCGGGUUAAUGAUGAUUAUUUUUUGUUUCA